UCCAGGCUCCUGCAGCAGGCCGUCGCUGGAGACCAUGGCGCGCUCUGGCAGGGGUGCAGCACCCGCCUAUCUCCUCCUCCUGCUCGCUUUUCUGCCAAGCCGAGAAAGUCAGCCUGGGCUCCGGGCGGGGGAACGUGACCCAGAUGUUCACACUUCAGUAGUUUCAAAAAAUAGUCUUAAAGACAUUAUGAAAUUACUUGAUCAACGAAUCCAAGUUCUGCACCAAAAGAAUUUGAUGCAUGAACAUGAAAUCACAGAAAAACAAGGCAGACCAUUCACUGAACACAUGAAUUUGGUAAAAGGAUCCUCUGUAAAAGAGAAGGCAAGUCCCAGUAGCCUAACCGCAAAAGAAAGACUGUUCCCCAAUAGCUAUUCAGUGCUGAUGGGUAACAAGGCUUACAAGAUUUCCCCAAAUAUCCUUAUGGAUACUCCAAUGAGACAUAAUAAAGUGAAGGGUGGAGGAUCUGAAGAGGAUGAAAAGGAAGGGGCUUUGCUUCCUGACUUGAAACAGGACAAAACUGCUGGUAAUAAUGGUGACAGAUCAUUAAGAACAACUAACAUUACCGUAAGAUUUCAUUCUCCCGACAAUUCAAGCGAAACUCAGAUUGACAUUUACAAUUUAAAAGAUUCAAGAGAGGUCCCUGAAGUUCAUAUUGUAGCCAACAACAUUAUUAACCAAGGCCUUAAAAUGGAUUCGGUAGUAUUAAAAGACAAUGGUAUGCAAGUGAUAGUAAAUAGUUCAGUGGAUAAGAAAAUGAAGCAUAUCCCUAAAAAAGGGAGAAGAAAAGCUCCAAUAAAACUUGAUGGUGGAAUUACAGGAGAGAGCGUGUCCAAGAGCAGUAAGAGAAAUCAUCCUGUAACAGAUGUCCCUGAACCUUUGGCUUAUCAGUUGUUGCUAUUAAAUCAAAUUCUACAAUCACUAAAGGCAAGAAGUGCACACAGAGACAAUUCACAAAGCACAAUAAACGAACAAUCAGAAACCUCGGUAAAAGAACUGGAAAAUAUACUAAAUGAUCUAAACAAAGAGACUGCUAAAGUUCAGAAUACUCCAGCAGCUGAUGAAAGCAAGGCACAGAUGCUUAUGGAAGACGAGUUUCCCUUAGAAAAAUCUCAAGGUCCAGAGUCAGAUUCCAGUGAAAAGAAGGACAAGACACUGAUGGAAUCUUUCCCAGAAGAAGGUCUUACUGUACCUGCCUCCAGUGAAACAUCAUUGAUUUAUCCACUUAAAACAACUCUUCCUCAAAAUAUAAGAACCGAAGUGACAAAUGAAGAUGUGAAGGACGCCAGAAGAUUUGAAUUUUUUGAGAAGUAUGAAGGUAUUCAGGACAAAAAAAGAGCAAAGGCUGCAGACCUUAAAGAACUACUAAAGCACAUCAUCGUUGCCUGUGUAGCUGUUUCUAGCUUGAUCUUAGCAGUAAUAGUCCUUGUGCACAUAUACAAUUCAUUGUUUGUGAAGAAGCAGGAACCAAUUAUGGCAAAUGCUAACACUGACAAGAAGGAAGAAUCUGACAAGAAGGAAGAAUCUGACAAGAAGGAAGAAUUGAUCAAAAAUGAAGAAUCAAACAAACAUGAAGGAUCUGAGGAAUCAGACAAAAACAAAAUCAUACCACUUCAGCCAAAAACACCAGAGUACAACACUGUUGAGAUAGAAAAUCACAACAACAACAACUGUUCACCACCAGCAAUUUUUCUUUCAACAGAUGGUGAAGAUGUUACAAAGCCUUUAGAGAUUCAGUCUGUUUCCUCUCCUAGCUGCCCAGGAAAACAAACAGACUUAAUUCCCCAUGUUGAAUCAUUUGAGGAAUCCCCUAAUUACAGUACACAUAAGAAUUUCAAACUACAAUCUAGAGCUUUCAAAUUGAAUAACACUUCCUAUAACAGUCUAGAACAAUAUAGUACAUCCAGGAAUCAGGACUAUGAAAGACAUCAAGAGAAAGAUAGUAUUUCUCACAGAAAAAAAUCAGACCAUCGUAUAUCCUCCAGGAACAGUCCCAAAUCCACAGAACCCAAAAGAGCACACACCACUCAUUUAUCUAAGCAUCAAUGUUACAAUUCGAAUCAGGUUCAUGAUUCUUCAUCAGAUGUUUUCAUUGCUUUAGACAUGAGCAAAAAUAUUGAUGAAUCAAAAAUGUCCCACUUUGAUGGCACAGAAUGUGCAUGUUUUCAGCAUCACAAAUGUGGUUCUAGUACAGAUUCAUACUCUGACUAGAAAAGCAAGUGAAUAGCAAGGAGUUGUUUAUUCUAUCUGAUCAAUGUCGAGAAGUAUUUAGUCCAAAUCUUUUUACCAAGAUUAAUCAUGACGAAACCCUGUAGUAUGCUGAAGCAAUCAUAUUGCAAUCAUGCUUAGGAAUAAUAAAAGUAGGUUUGAUAUUGGGUUGUAGGAGUUGCUAAUCUAGCUUCUUGGAUUUGCCCAAUUAAAGCGCAAGUUAAUUUAACAGUAAUAUUUGCUCAAAUUCUUUAUCUGGCAUUUUUCAAAUUCCUAAUUUGAAAAAGCGGGCCUAACUAGUAUAAGACAUUCUGCAAUUACAAACUUUUUGUGACGUGUAAGCCGAAGCAAAACUGCACAUAUAUUGAAUAUUUCAAGCAGUAAGUUCAUUGAAACGCUAUGUUGAAACAAAAGAUGGAUGUUGACAUCUGAUACAUGUGAGUUGAAAAGGAAUUGGAAAUAUAGGGAAGAAUAUGGAGAUUUGGUUUUUGGCCUUUUCCAUUUAAAAAGUAUCCACGCUCCAGAAAUAAUGAGAGACACUCUUGGCUCUAUAGCCUGUGAUACCGAAAUGCUUCAUGAACUUGGUCUAAGAAUCCCAGCUAGGAAACCCAUAUAGAGGUGUCAGUAUGAGUUGAAUCUGGAGUCAGGCCUUUCCAUGUUUGAGACAUAAUGCAAGAGGAGGUCAGUGGUCAGGAGCAAGCUGUCCAUUGAUCUGAAAACCCUGGCAGACUAUUGGCAAAUUGGCCCG